AUGAACGACAAUGUCCAUCACCUUUAUGCUCUGUUGAUGAUCGGACUAGAUUCACCAUUUUCUACGGCGAUGGCAGAUUCCAUGGACAUAGAUUCGCCAACAUUUGCUUCCGUCGUACAGGAUGUCAAUCCAAUGUCCACUGAGUUCCAAUCGCGAAUCCAGGGCGCCACGUUCGAUACAGACUCUGACGCUGAUGGAGACGAGGACUCGGUUUGCUUCGAAGACUUUGACAUGGAUUCAGAGGUUCGCUACGAAGGCUUUUCCGCUGCGAACGCGUCAGAUAUGGAGGUGGAUUAA